UCUAGUAUAAAUAAACGAGAAAUCAAAAAUUUGAAAAUCUCAAAUAUUAAAUUGAAUAUGUGUCUUUGUGAAUCAUGUGCUUGGUUGGAUGAAUGGUGUUGGCCGCUCGAGAAGAAGGCGAUUUUCUUUGCAAUUUGGACCAUUGUACAUGGCAUCGUGUUUUUUAUCAUGGACUUGGUGUUUUUUAUAUUCUCCAUAGCAGAAAAUCAUGCUUUCCCUGAUCUAACAUUCAUAGGAGCAAUUUUGCACUUGGCGUCGGGAAUUUUAAUGAUAAUCACCAUCAAAAGACCAAAGUCCUGUCUGUAUAUGACUAGCAUUGUAUUAAGUUCGUUUCUUCCCUUUUGUGAAUACGUAUUUGUAUAUCUUUCAGUAAUGCAAAUAAUAUUCAUAAUGAUUGGAUGUAGAUAUUACAGUACAAUUCUAAAAUGAGUAAUUAGAAGGGAGGCAACUCAAAUUAAGAGUCAAAUAGUUAAAAGUGAUUACAGUUAAAGAUAAAGAUAAAGUAUAUGAUGAAAUAUUUAAUUAAA